AAAAAAAAAAAACAAAAAACAAAAAAAAAAAAGAUUUUCUUUCACUACCGCUUAAGGAUAUUAACAGGAUCGAUACGAGAUUAAAUAUUUGAAGAGACAAUUCAAAAUGGAAUUAUCAAGGCGGUACCGAAUACCGCCUUUGAUAUUACUAAUUAUACUUCUAUGUGUUCAGCAUGCGCAAUCACGUUUUUACGGUGCAAGGUCAAAAAGACAGAAUGGUGCCAAAAUGUAUUUAUCUGCCAGUUAUAUUGUACCUGGUGGAGAAGGUGACGAUCCGUACGAAUGGACUGAGUGGAGUUCACCUUCGGAAUGCUCGCGCUCCUGCGGUGGUGGUGUCUCGUAUCAAAUGCGCGAAUGCCGUAGAUUGGCACCAAGCGGCGCUCCUUUAUGUUCAGGAGGGAAUCGUAAAUAUUUCUCUUGUAAUACUCAAGAUUGUCCCGAGGAAGAACCGGAUUUUAGAGCUCAGCAAUGUUCACGUUUUAAUCAUGUUCCUUUCGAUGGAAUCUAUUACGAAUGGGUCCCAUAUAUGGGUUCGCCGAAUCCAUGUCAAUUGAGUUGCAUGCCCAAAGGCGAGCGUUUUUAUUAUGUUCACAAAGCCAAAGUUAUUGACGGUACCCGUUGCAAUGAUCAGAGUCUAGAUGUUUGUGUGGAUGGUCAAUGUCAGUCAGUAGGUUGUGACAUGAUGUUGGGUUCGGAUGCCAGAGAAGAUAAAUGCCGUAAGUGCGGAGGUGACGGUAGCACUUGUAAGACGGUUGGCGAUAAAUUUACUAUAAACAAUCUCUCAGCUGGUUACAAUGAUAUACUUUUAAUACCAAUGGGAGCCACUAAUAUACGCGUAAUGGAAACCGCUCCUUCCAAUAAUUAUAUAGCUUGCCGCAACCUCAGCAGUCAUUAUUAUUUAAAUGGGAAUUGGCGAAUUGAUUUUCCUCGUCCCAUGUUUUUUGCUGGAUCUUGGUGGAAUUAUCAAAGAAAACCUACAGGUUUCGCUGCGCCCGAUCAACUGACUUGUCACGGUCCAAUUACAGAGUCAAUCUAUAUAGUAAUGCUUGUUCAAGAUAAAAAUGUCAGCAUUGAUUAUGAAUACAGUAUUCCGACCACAGUAAGUCGCAGUACACCAGAUGUUUAUACUUGGACUCAUAUGGAGUACGGAUCGUGUAGCGUAACAUGUGGUGGAGGCACGCAAACGCGGGUCGUUACCUGCAAUAAUCGGCUCAACUUGGAGCAAGUUGACCCCAGUUUAUGUGAUCAAGAAGCUAAGCCAGCAGAAAUUCAAGAGUGUGCUAUUGACCCUUGCCCUCCUCAAUGGGUCAGCAGCGAAUGGGGUAAAUGUUCAGAAGGUUGUGGUUCUGAUGGUAUACAAAACCGUAACGUAACGUGCGAAAGAGCCUCGUCGAGGGGUGAAAUUACUGUAGAAGAGGAUACAAUUUGCCUCGAGGAAGUAGGAAAUAAACCCGCGACUCAACAAGAAUGCAAUCGUGACGUUAAAAACUGUCCCAAAUAUCACUUGGGUCCUUGGAGCCCGUGCGAUAAAUUGUGUGGUGAAGGUACUCAGAAAAGAAAAGUUACUUGCUUUAUCGAAGAAAAUGGUCGCAAGAGGGUUUUAAGUGACGAGGAUUGCGUUGAAAACAAACCAGAAACCGAAAAAUCUUGCACAUUAGCACCAUGCGAGGGGGUUGAUUGGAUUAUUUCUGAAUGGAGCGGUUGUAGUGAUUGCGGGCAAACAACAGAGACACGCUUUGCCAUUUGUGCUUCGAAGGCUGGAAAAGUUUAUCCAGAAGAAUUUUGUGCCCCGGAAGUUCCUCUUCUUUCCAGACCCUGCGACUCGAAAAAAUGUCAAGUUCAAUGGUUUACUUCAGAAUGGAGUAAAUGCUCCGCAGCUUGUGGUAAAGGUAUGCAAUCGCGUAUAGUUUUAUGCGGUGAAUAUGACGGACAAAGUAUCACGAAAAUUGUGGACGAAUCGCAAUGUGAUAAUACCACCAAACCUGAUUCUGAACAGGAAUGUGAUGGAGAGGAAAAGGAAUGCCCUGGCCAAUGGUUUACAGGUCCAUGGGGCCCUUGUAGCAAAUUAUGUGGGGGUGGCGAACGACAACGAGAAGUAUUAUGUUUGGCCAACGGUACGAAAUCAACGAAUUGUGAUGAAACAAAAAUAGAAUCCUUAUCAGAAAAAUGUAAUGUUCAGGCGUGCACCGAAGAUGAAGUAAUGCCAGUAGACAGCACAGCCGAGCCUGUACGAGAGGAUGAAGAAGAUGAAGAAGAUGAAGAAGAUGAAUGUGACGAAGACGAAGAAGGAGAAGGAGGUGAGGACGAAGUCGAAGUUGUGACAGAUAAAAUGAGCGAAGAUCUUAAGAUUGCUGAUGGCAUUGAUUUGGAUCAAGAAAUUACAACUGUUUCUUCUCUCAUAACCGAUGAGCUCAUGUUAAGCGAUGCUCCAUCCGAUGAACCAACAGGCGAAGGCGACUCAACCUUGACAACACCAGAGGGUUCAGGUGAUGAAGUUGAUGAUACCACUCUUGUAACUGAAGGUAGUGGUGAGACUGACUUUACAAGUUCCAGCGAUGAGGUGACUGCAUACACUGGUAGUACCACUACUUCGGAGCCUACAUCCACAUUUUCAACAGAAUCAACAGUUGAAAGUUCCACUGUAGAUUCAAUAUCUACAGAUUUGAUAUCAGACACCUCUACAGACAUAGGCUCUUCCACUGGUACUACUGUGUCCGCCGAUACCACAGCAGACACAUCCGACGUCUCUACAGAUACAUCAGCUUCAACAGAACUAGCUACGCAAAGUUCGACGGAAAGUUUACAUACGACCGAUUUGACUUCAGGCUCCUCUACUGACGUUUCUGCUUCAACUUCCGAGUACUCAACAGACAGAACCACUGAAUCAACUUUAGAAAUUUCGACUACGCCAGAAAGCUCUAGCGAAUUUUCAGAGUCGUCUACAGACAUAACUAAAUCAACAGAAGCGUACACGGAAAGUUCAACAGACGGUUCAACAGACAGUUCAACAGACAGUUCAACAGAAAAUUCACUCUCCACUGAUGGAAGAUCAGAGUCCUCUACAGAUUCAACAGAAGCGUCGACAGAAUCAUCAAUCUCUACUGAAUCAACACCCGAAUAUUCCACUGACUCUACCGAAUCUACGUCGGAGAGCUCGACUGAGUCCACUGAAUCUACUUCUACAGAUACAACGUUAUCUACGGAAUCCACAACGGAAGCUUCAACAGAAUCUUCGGCGUCUACAGAACCUUCAGUAUCUACGGACUCUUCGGUGUCCACAGACUCUUCGGUAUCUACAGACUCUUCGAUGUCCACAGACUCUUCAGCGUCUACAGAUUCUUCAGCGUCUACAGACUCUUCAGCGUCUACAGACUCUUCAGCGUCUACAGACUCUUCGACAUUUUCAGAAUCUUCGCCAUCUACAGAAUCGACAUCAGAAUUUUCUAUCGGGUCAACCACUGAGAGUUCCACUGACUCUUCAGUGUCGACAGAGUUUACUUCAGAAUCUUCGACUGAAACAAGUAUUAGUUCAGAGUCAACAGAUACUAGCAGCUCUACCGACGUAACAACUGAAUCCUCUACGGAACUUGCUGCUUCUACAGACAUUUCAUUAUCUACGGAAUUUACCUCGGAAGCUUCCACAGAUAUAAGCACCCUUACUUCUUCAACAGGGGAUAGCACAACGAAAUCUUCUACGGAAACAACAGAUAUAACUACAGAGAGUUCAGACCUAACAGAAUCCACAGAUUCGUCAGUGCCCAGCGCUGAAACAUCGUCCACAGACUCCUUUACUUCAACUGAGUCUACUGAUUCUUCCACCAUUUCAGACUUUACAACGGAAGCAUCUUCUACAACUGAGGAAACUACUGAAAGUAUGGAAACAACAGAAGUCGGUUCUACUGAAAGUGACACUACUGAUUCCAGUAGUAACAUUUCUGAUGCUUCAACUACAGACGCUUCUACUGACUAUACCGAUAGUUCCACAUCAGCUUAUGAGUCCAGUACUGUUGAUAUAUGGAGUACCGAGGAGGAGGUUGAAAAAAGUACAGCUUACACUUUGGAAGCGAUUGUCACAAAACCGGCUAAGCCUAAAAAAUGUAAGCCGAAGACUUGUGAAAAGAGCCCAUACGGUUGCUGUCCCGACCUUAAAACAAAGGCAAAAGGACCGUUUGAUGAGGGUUGCCCGAUUCCUAAGACUUGCAUCGAAGCUGAGUUUGGCUGCUGUCACGAUGGUGUGUCACCUGCUGGAGGUAAAAACUUUGAAGGCUGUCCAAAAUCGCAAUGUGCUGAGACAUUAUUCGGUUGCUGUCCCGAUAAAUUUACACCAGCCGAAGGUGAGGAUAAUGAAGGAUGUCCAGAACCAACUACCCUACCGCCGACAACAACAACCGAAGAACCAAUUACUGAAGAAAUUGCCAGCGAAGAACCUUCCACCGAUGUUACGGAUUUGCCCAGUUCUGAAAUUACUGAGACGACUGACGGGGAGAUGCAUCCAGAUGUUGUACCUUCUUGUUCGUUUAAUGAAUUCGGGUGCUGCCCUGAUGGUCAAACAAAUGCUACUGGUGUAAACUUUGCUGGUUGUGAUAAAGGAGAUUGCAGGCAGAGUAUAUAUGGUUGUUGCAGAGAUGGCCGAACUCCGGCUUCAGGUCCGAAUGAUGAAGGUUGUCCACGGUGCACUUACGAGCCAUUCGGUUGCUGUCCUGAUAACGAGACACCGGCCCAUGGUCCUAUGGGUGAAGGAUGUUGCUUAGCUUCUACGUACGGCUGCUGUCCUGACAAUAUUAACAGCGCACAUGGUCCUAACUUUGAGAAUUGCGAAUGUCAGUAUUCACCCUAUGGUUGUUGUCACGACAAUCAAACUUCAGCACGAGGUCCAAACUAUGAGGGUUGUAAUUGUGAACAGACUCAAUUCGGUUGUUGCCCAAACAAGCUCACAGCAGCUAGGGGACCAAAGUUCGAAGGCUGUGCGUGCCAUACUCUUCAAUUUGGUUGUUGCCCGGACGGGAUUACAAUCGCUCAAGGACCACAUCACUACGGCUGUCAUUGUUCACAGACUGAAUUUAAAUGUUGUCCAGAUGAAAAAACUCCAGCUAAAGGACCUGACAAUGAGGGUUGCUCUUGUGUGGAAAGUAAGUUUGGCUGCUGCCCUGACGGUAUUACAUCUGCCCAAGGUGAAAAAUUCGAGGGAUGUGAGAAUGUCAAAGAACCAGCGCAAAAAUCUUGUGGCUUGUCCAAAGAGAGUGGGCCUUGCACUAAUUAUACUAUUAAAUAUUUCUUUGAUACUUCUUAUGGUGCUUGCGCCAGAUUCUGGUACGGUGGUUGUGAUGGCAACGGGAAUCGUUUCGACACUGAGGACGAUUGUAAACAAACUUGCCAAGAUUAUACUGGGAAAGAAGCUUGUUUCUUGCCUAAGAGUUCAGGACCGUGCACGGGUUACAAUAAAAAAUGGUAUUUCAAUGCAGAGCUUGAACGUUGUGAGGAAUUUAAUUAUGGAGGAUGUUAUGGUACAAACAACCGUUUUGACAGCAAAGAAGAAUGCCAGACUUUGUGCGCCGUUAGCGAAAGCUUACCUCCUUGCGAACAACCCGUGGAUGAAGGACCUUGUGAAGGUAACUUUGAACGUUGGUACUACGAUAAUCAGACAGAUUUUUGUCGGCCGUUUACCUACGGGGGUUGUAAAGGCAAUAAAAACAAUUAUCCUACGGAACAUGCUUGCAGCUAUCAUUGUCGUCAGCCGGGAAUUCAUAAAGAUUAUUGCUCGCUUCCCAAGCAAACAGGUGAUUGUAGUGAAAAGCAACCGCGUUGGUAUUAUUCUGAAACUGACAAGAAAUGCAUGCCUUUCUACUAUACUGGUUGUGGUGGCAAUAAAAAUAACUUUCCUUCAUUGCAAUCUUGCGAGGAUCAUUGUCCUAAAGAUGUCGCCAAAAAUGUAUGUGAAAUUGCUGCGGAGGUUGGCGAUUGCAGAAAUUUUGAACCCAUGUGGUACUAUGAUGUCAACGAUCAACGUUGCCGUCAAUUUUAUUAUGGUGGUUGCGGUGGUAACGAGAACAAGUUCUCAACUGAAGAUGCGUGUAAACAGCGGUGCCAAGAGCCACCUGUUGUUGAACCUAAAACUCCUGUAACACCACCUCAACCUCAACCAGAACGACCACCACCAUCAGGAGAGAUUUGUGAACAGAACCCUGAAGUGGGUGAUUGUGCAAAUUAUACGUUAGUUUGGUAUUAUGAUUAUGACCAAGGCAUAUGUCGCCAGUUUUAUUACGGCGGCUGUGGCGGCAACGAUAAUCGGUUUACUAAUGAAGUGGAAUGCCAACAACGUUGUAUUUCACCUUCAUCGGAACGUGAAUACAGUGGCGAAACUUCGCAGGAGUCUUCCAAGUGUUUCUUACCAGCUGCUUCUGGGAAUUGUCUCGGUUAUCAAACCCGUUGGUACUACAAUAGUGGAGAUGGAGUUUGUGAAGAAUUUACCUAUACUGAAUGCGAAGGCAAUGCGAAUAAUUUCGUAAGUGAAGAUGAAUGUGAAUCAGAAUGUUUCCCCGCUCAACCGACCUGCAGUUUGCCGCCAUUACGUGGUAAUUGUAACGAUAGCAUCAUUAGGUGGCACUUUGACCAGCAAAGUGGAAAAUGUAUUGAAUUCGAAUUUUCCGGCUGUCGGCCAAAUCGUAACAAUUUCAAAACUGAGCAAGAAUGCGACGACUUCUGCGGUGAGCGGCCACCAGCUCCCGUGUAUUCAGUUUGUGAUCUACCUCUUGAAGCAGGUGAAUGUGACAAUCAAACCACCGCUUGGUACUACGACAGCGAAUCAAUGACUUGUGUAGCUUUCACAUAUACCGGUUGUGGCGGCAAUGGUAACCGUUUCCAAACCAGAGAACAGUGCGAGCGGCAAUGUGGCGAUUUUAAGGGUGUGGACGUCUGUAAUGAGGACGUUAUGACUGGCCCUUGCCGUCAGUGGCAGACGCGAUAUUAUUUCAAUAAGAUUACACGUACUUGUGAACCGUUUACUUACGGCGGUUGUCAAGGCACGGGCAAUCGCUUUGAGGAUCGCGCCGAAUGUGAAUCGGUGUGUAUCAUGGGUCAAGAACCUACUUCUCCUACAGCUCAUAAAGAUAUCUGCAAACAGAACGUGGACAUUGGCCGUUGCUUGGGACCAUCGGUUAACGAGCGACGUUGGUAUUAUGACGAUGCUCGUGGCACUUGCGUGGCCUUCAUAUAUUCGGGUUGCGCGGGCAAUCAAAAUAAUUUCCGUACUUUUGAGUCUUGUUAUGAUUUCUGUGCAAGAGAGUUAGCACCGCCUCCGCCGCCUGUAACCGAACACGAAGCAACGAACGAAGUUUUCCCAACACCCUGCGAAGAAUAUGAUGCUGAAUGUCAUACUUUGAGAUGUCCAUAUGGCCUGCGCCGCGUCGCUGUCGAUGAUCAAUGUCAGCGGUGCGAAUGCGUAAAUCCUUGUGCAGAGCAUCCUUGCCCCGAAGGUCAAAAGUGCGCUAUUGAAAUAUCACCUUCUCGAUCAGGCCAAUUUUUGCCUGUUUGUAGGGCGAUAACAAAAUCUGGAGAAUGUCCAAUACUCACCGCAACUGGUGGCAGCUGUUCACGUGAAUGCUAUGACGAUGCCGACUGUCGGGCAGAUAAUAAAUGUUGUGCUAAUGGUUGCAGUUUUGUGUGCGUACGUCCUACACCGCCCACUGUACGCACAACUCCCUUUCCCACUACUGCUACUCCCGCCGUUAUUUACCCAGGGGAAGUUAAGGUCUCCUUGGAGCCCAAAAACAAACAUGAGUUGGAUGUUAAAACUCCCGUGGGUGGUAUUGCUGUUUUACGCUGCUUUGCAUUGGGAAAUCCGGCUCCAAAUGUUACUUGGUUCCUCAAUAAUAUUUUGAUUGAUACUCAUCAUGGACGUUAUGUUCUAACAUCGACUGGUGAUUUGACUAUUGUACAAGUGCGACAAACAGAUAGCGGUUCAUAUGUAUGCGUAGCUAGUAACGGAUUGGGUGAACCGGUUCGUCGUGAAAUUGAACUACAAGUAACAGAGCCCGUUAAUAUGCCUGCUUAUGUUUACGGUAAUAAGAAUGCUACACAAAUUGUUACCUUAAAUAGACCGGCUGUGGUACGAUGCCCUGCUGGUGGACAUCCAGCUCCCAUGGUUUAUUGGUGGCGUAAUCGCGAACGUUUGCCUCUAGUACAUCAACGCUACGAAUUUACACGCGACUACUCGUUGCGUUUCCAUUCGGUACAAUUGUCCGAUUUGGGUCCUUAUACGUGCCAUGUAUGGAACCGUGUCAGUACCAGACCGGCCUCUAUUAAAAUAACUUUGAAAGCUUUUGGACCAGCGCGAGCUAUCAGCAAUGAUGAAGCACAAUAUCUACAAUAUAUUAUUGAUCCGGCCCAAGCGCCAACUACACAACGCCCUUCCUAUCCAUAUCGUCCUGCUCGGCCAGUAGCUGUACCACCGCCGGCCGUUUACGAGCCAAUUACACCAUCAGUGCGAGCCAAUGCUGUAAUUGGUAUGGAUCCGAAUAAUAGUUAUACUCCUGGUUCAACCAUAACCAUUGGCUGUGCAGUUCAAGGUUAUCCUAAACCUAAUGUAACGUGGAUUAAAGACGAUUUGCCCAUAGUAACCAGCGAACGCAUACAAACCACACAGAGUGAACCUUAUCGCCUGAUCAUUACUAAUGCAAAUGCUGCCGAUUCCGGUAAAUACGGUUGCAAAGCAGCGAACAAUGUUAGUUACAGUAUAAGUGAAGAAACUGUUACAAUUGAAUCAACAAUUCCACUCAGCAAUGACUGUAUCGACAAUGCGCACUUUGCCAAUUGUAAGCUGAUUGUAGCCGGACGUUAUUGUAAAAAUAAAUAUUAUGCCAAAUUUUGUUGUCGAUCGUGUGCUUUAGCAGGACAACUUUAAUUUUAGCCGUAAAGAUAACUUAAAUAUUAUUUUUAACAAAAACUUAGAGCAUAAUUUAAAAAUGAGUCUAGAGAUUUUUCAGCACAACUUUUCAUGUUUUCUUU